UCCCCCUCCUCCUGCAGGCAGCCAGGGCUUCCUGUUUGCAAGCAGCAGGCACGCACACACCGCAGCGAUCUGUGCAGACCCGGUGGAAGCCGCGCUGCUGUCCCUGGCCUCCGAGUUCUGCGGUGCCGGAUGCAGCUGGUGGGGCGGCAUCUAUGGAGGAGACGAUCAGAAAAGCGGAGGAGCAGGCCUGGAGGCUGGCGGAGGCCAUCCAGGCCGGGGACGAGACGGAGGCCCAGCUGCAGGCUGCGCGGCUGGCCAGGCAGCGGAUCCCUGUCCUGGUGCAGAUGAAAAAGGAAUCUCACCCCAUGCAAGAGAUCAGGCUGCAGGUGAGCAUAGAAGAUGCUCAGAUGAAGGCAGUCCCCAUUUACCUGAAGGUGCAACCCUGCAUGACCUUGGCAUCUCUGAAAGACAUGGUGUUCCUCCACUACGGUUUCCCUCCCAGCGUACAGAAAUGGGUGGUGGGGCAGAGGCUGCCCCAGGACCAGGAGACGCUGCACUACCACGGCAUCCAGAGAGACGGGGACGUGGCGUACCUCUACCUCCUCUCCGCGAAGGUGGCCAAGCUCAACAAAGACACCGUCGAGCAGGACUACGAACGCAGGCAGCUGGAAGAACUAGGCAUUAAGGAGGGUGUCCUGCUCCCACGGGGGGCGACCAGCACAUCACCCCUGCCGACAGCGGAGCCCUUGAACCCCACCGAGGACAGGAGGGAGGCUGCCGCCCCGCCCCCCGCCGGGCCUCCGCAGGUGGGCUGGGAGUGCCCGACCUGCACCUACCUGAACAGGCCCACCUGGCCCGGCUGCGAGAUGUGCUGCACAGAGCGGCCCAAGAGCUACGUCAUCCCCGAGACCCACCAGCUGGACAAGGAGGAGCUGGAGCGGCUGCAGCGGGAGGCGGAGGCCACGCUCCAGUAUGAGCAGGUGAAAGAGCAGCAGAAGCAGCAGAACUACGAGCAGCUGGUGCAGCUGGACGGGCAGAGCCUGGUCCCCUCCGACGAGGCCAUGGAGUGCCCGAUCUGCUUCGCAGCCCUGGAACCCGGGGAGGGGGUGACGCUGCGGGAAUGCCUGCACUCCUUCUGCAGGGACUGCUUGCGAGGGACCAUCCUCAACAGCCUGGAGCCGGAAGUCUGCUGCCCCUACAUCGACGAGAAGUACUCCUGCCCGGGGCAGCUGCUGGAGCGCGAGAUCAAAGCGCUCCUGAGCGAAGAUGAAUACCAGCACUUCCUGGAUCUGGGCGUCUCCAUCGCCGAGAACCGCAGCCGGUACAGCUACCACUGCAAAACCGCGGACUGCCGGGGCUGGUGCUUUUACGAGGACGACGUGAACAUUUUCCGUUGCCCCGUCUGCCUCCAGGAUAACUGCUUGCUUUGCCAGGCUAUCCACAUGAACCGGACAUGCAAAGAAUACCAGGACGACCUCCAGCUCCGAGCUCAGAACGACCAGGCUGCGCAGCAGACGAUGCAGAUGUUGCUGGGAAUGGUGCGGAGCGGAGAGGCCAUGCACUGCCCGACGUGCCAGAUCAUCGUCCAGAAGAAAGAGGGCUGCGACUGGAUCCGGUGCACCGUGUGUCACACGGAGAUCUGCUGGGUGACCAAAGGGCCGCGCUGGGGGCCAGGGGAUUGUCUCAGGAUUGGGCCUUCCGAGAGGAAACGGUGAUGCUGCAUCUGGAGUGGAGCAGUUUGAUCAAACACUUCCCUUCGGGCUCCGGCGAUACCAGUGGGGGCUGCCGCUGCAAGGUGAACGGGGUCCUCUGUCACCCCAAUUGCCAGAACUGCCACUAGUCGGGAGGGAAGGACCGCUGUGCCCAGCUUUUGCAAGAACGGGCUGCCUGACGUGAAGGUCGAGUGCCAGGAGCGCCAUCGAGCCGGGUUCUGGACAACUGGGUGUUUCUGCCGUCACAACCAGGAAGCAGUUGCCUUGUGUGUGCCUGGCUCCACGCAGAGCGACACACGGACGUCUUUCACAGAAGGAUUCCGUCCUCCUUCUGUUACUAUGCAUGAGCAGAUGAAGGAACUAGAUGGAGAUACUGGCCCUUCCCACUGUGGGCGCCUUCUCUUCAUCAUGUGGAGAGGCUUUUCCCAGUGGCUUUGAAAAUGUUCCGGCUCCCUUGCUCCACAAGCCGCACCGUUUUCCCUACCGCUCCCCCUCUGCACAUGCAGCAUUUCGUUUCGCAGCCUUCAGGGUUGUGGACUGGGAGCCGAGCAUUCUCUGGCCGAGGUACAAGUGCUUAGCUACCCCUAUCGCCGGAUCAGCAUUGCCCUGCAAAACACGAGUAUCACGCUUGCUGGCUCUGGUGUUGUACUGGCUCAAUCAGGACUUAUUUUGCCCAAUAAAAUAUUUAUAAUUGA